AUGUACGGAUCGGAGACUUCGGCAGCACCGUCUACGGUGAUGGAGAGGCUUGAGUGCACGGAACGAAAGCUGCUUAGACGGCUGCUUGGCUACGUUUGGCCUAGGGUAUGCCAUAAUGAAGAGGUCUACGCGGAAAUCGAUAUGGUGGACCGGCGGAUGACAGGCGGAAGAUGUCAACAUCGUGCACCGCCAUCGAAAUUGGCUACGGAAAAUCGUCUUCGCUUCUUUGAUCAUCUAUUGAAGAAACCGGCAGAUCGCCUUGUUCACCGAGCCCCGAGAAGUCUGUCGGUUUCAAGCUGGAAGAAGCCACCUGGCCGAAAACGAAAGUUCUGGACUGAGGAGGUGGAAGAGGACCUGAGGACGCUCGGUGUGGAUAGGCAGUUCAGGCGAGACGGUAAAGUUUCGCAGGAUAUGGAAGAGCGAUGA